GUUGAAAAGUAUUGGCAAGGCAUAGAGGCGUCCUUUCGACCGGUGUAAUGCGUUGUAGAAUGAAAAAUAGAGGCCGACUCAGCCAUCGUGCUCAUCACUUAUUCUGUAAUUCAUUCAUUUUCUCUUAGAAGAAAAGGUCGGGAUCUACGAUUAAUUGCUGGGCAGUUGGCACCGAAAACGCAUAUCAGUGCAGACGCCUCCUCCUUCUCUUGUCGAAUUUAACAUUUACACAGUACAGUUCUACAAUUAUUAAUCUGUUUUGGCGAUCGACUCUGGAACCAGGAAAUGGCUACAGAGUCUGAAAAAGAUCUUGGUGAUACUGCUGGCGCUGCACCUGUCACAUCUACAGAUAAUGAAGCAAAGACAAAAAAGAAAAAGAAAAAGGGACUAUUGUCAAGAAUGUGGAACAGUCUAUUUGGUUCACACAAAGAUGACUUUGAGAAGAGAUUGCAACAUAUUUCCAAGGAGGAGGCUGCUGUUAUUGCCAGAACAGUUAAGCGAUCUCAUAGUUGGAAAAGGAUGAGUAGGCAUCUCAUUAUACUUUCUGUACUUUUCGAGGUUAUUGCAAUGGCUUAUGCUAUUAUGACAACAAGAUCACUUGAGCUAAACUGGAAAAUGAGAGCAUUGCGGGUUUUACCGAUGUUUCUUUUGCCCGGAUUAUCCUUUUUUACAUAUUCGACGCUUAGAAGCUUCACGAGAAUGAAAGAACAAAGGGAUCAGAAAACUUUGGAAAGGCUUCGAGCUGAAAGGCAAGCCAAGAUUGAUGAACUCAAAGAGAAGACAAAUUUCUAUAUAACGCAGCAGCUCAUUCAGAGAUAUGACCCUGACCCAGCAUCUAAGGCAGCUGCAGCCACUGUGCUUGCAUCCAAGCUCGGUGCAGAUACUGGCUUAAAAGUUUAUCUGGGAGAUGAAUCUAAGUUUAAUGUCCCUGCCGGAACGAGCAAUGAUGUAGCAAUUCAGCAGUCUGCUGGACUGAGAAAUAGGAAGCAAGCUAGAUCUGGAAGCGCAGGGAGUGCUGUUUUGGAUCAUCGCGAAGGAGAAAUGCUUCAUGAUCUCCAGCUUGAAGGUUCUAUUAUGAACCAACAUCAGCAAAUGAUUGUUGAGCAUUACAAUCCUACCUCUGUGAGUACACAAGAUGGGGGAUGGCUUGCACGAAUUGCAGCAUUGCUUGUGGGAGAGGAUCCAACCCAAUCUUAUGCUCUUAUCUGCAGCAACUGUCAUAUGCACAAUGGACUUGCUAGGAAAGAAGAACUCCCCUAUAUAACCUACUAUUGCCCUCACUGCAAUGCCCUGAAUGGGCCUAAGCCACUAGCUGAUGGCACCUCUAGUUUACUGAAUAUGGCAUCCACAACCAUUGUGGCCGAUGCUGAUUUGGUCAAGCAGGACAGUGGAUCCAUUGCAGAGAGAGACUCUGCAAGUAGCAGCCCUGCAGGGGAAACAACAGAAGGUAACAGUAUAGUCUCGGAAAGUAGCAGCCCUGCAGUUGUUGCUACAGCAACAACAGAAGAUGAAAAUAUAGUCUCCGCAAGUAGCAGCCCUGCAGUUGCUGCCCUGGAAACACCAGAAGGUGACCAUAUAGGCUCCAGUAUUUCUAGCAGUUAAAUAUGUAAUAGCUUGAAUGGAAUUGUGCAGGCAAAGUGUAUUUAAGUGUGGUGAUUUUCCUCUUAGCUUGGUCAUGCGCAACUAUGCAUCUCUUGUAAACACCUAGUAGAAAUACAAAACUCAGAGAUGACAGCUGCCUAAUAUCCAUCGUUUUGUAAUCAAGACUAUUACACAUUUUCAGGCUGUUAGGUCAUAGCAAUUUUUUUAGCUUGUUGAGUGCGGCAGUUUCUUUUCUUUUUCUUGAUUCAUUUUUCUAUUCAUAUUCCUAUGUAUUUAGACAGAGAAAUUCUCU